CACUUCACAUUUUACUGACCACAGUAGGACCAUGUUGAGGCUUCUUGUGCUAGCGGCUCUUGUCCUUUGUGGACAAUGUUACGAUGGUGUCCAGUUUAUGGAGGAUAAUACACGUGUGGUAGGAGGAACCAAUGCUGCUAAAAAUGCAUGGCCAUGGCAGAUUUCUCUCCAGUAUCAGUCUGGAAGCAGCUGGUAUCACACCUGUGGUGGUUCCCUGAUUCGUGCUAACCGUGUCCUAACCGCAGCUCACUGCGUAGACAGAACCGUUAGCUUCCGUGUUGCCUUGGGAGAACACAACCUAAGCCAAAAUGAUGGAACAGAGCAGGUUAUCUCUGUGUCAAGGAUUGUAAAACACGCUAGCUGGAACCCCAACAAUGUGGCAAAUGGAUACGACAUUGCCAUCCUGUACUUGGCCUCCAAUGCUGUCCUGAACAGCUAUGUGAAAUUGGCUGCACUGCCCAGUGAUGGAGCCGUCCUGGCCAACAAUUAUGGCUGUAUUAUUACCGGAUGGGGCAGAACCAGCACCAAUGGCUCCCUCCCCUCCAUCCUCCAGCAGGCCCCUCUCCCUGUGGUUGCCCAUUCUACCUGCUCCACCAGCUCCUACUGGGGAAGCACAGUGAAGACCACCAUGGUGUGCGCUGGUGGGGAUGGAGUAACUGCUGGAUGCAACGGUGAUUCCGGCGGACCUCUCAACUGUGCCGUCAACGGUGUCUACCAAGUCCAUGGUAUUGCUAGCUUUGUGUCCUCCCUCGGAUGCAAUGCCUACUUGAAACCAACAGUGUUCACCAGAGUUUCCGCUUAUAUCUCUUGGAUUAAUGCUAAUGUCUAAACUGACCAGACAUGCCACAUCUCAGGACAUCUUAAAAAAGUUUCACUGAUACUGGAAUUUAAUUCAGUCAAUAACAUUCUAAUAAAGACACAUUUUUAUCA